CGUCAAUGUCAAAAAUAAGCCUGACAAAGAAUUACGGACGAAAUAAUAUAAUUUGUACAUAAAAUAUAAACAAAAUAUUCAACAGGCCAUUAAAACUUCGCAUAGGAAAUUAAUUCACGAAAAGUAUAUUGUAUGUGUAAAUAGUUCGUGAUGAUGUCGCUAAAGCCGAGGCACGUGGACUUCCAGGAGACAUGGGCCAACCUCAAAGAGACCGUUGCGGGGGUGGUGGGGCUGAAGGCCGUGGACCGCAUCGUGUGGAACACCCGCUUCUCUGACGUGUACGCGCUGUGCGUCGCUCACCCCGAGCCCCUGGCGGACCGGCUCUACGACGAGACCAGGAACUUCUUAGAGGAGCACGUGGCAAGUCUGCUGGAGAGAGUUCGAGGCUCCACCACCCUCGAGCAGUCCGACCACAACGAUGGACUACUGGACAGGUACGUGUCGGCGUGGCGCGAGUACAGCCAGGGCGUGGCCUACCUCAACAGCCUCUACUCCUACCUCAACCUGCAGCACGUCAAGCGACAGAAGGUCUCCGACGCGGAGAUCAUAUACGGCACGUCGGCCACGGUGAGCUGUCCCGAGCAAGACGCGCGACAACUGGAGGUGGGCGAGCUGGGCCUGGACAUCUGGGAGCGCGUGCUGGUGCGGCCGCUGUCCGCCGCCCUCACGGCGCGCAUCGUCAGCGCGCUGCACGCCGCCCGGGACGCGCCGCCCGACCCGCGCCACGCCGACAUCAUCCGACAAGCCAUACAGAGCACCGUGCACGUCCGCAGUUUUCGCGUCCGGUCUCCACUCGCGCUGUACGAGCAGCUCGUGCUGGAGCCGUUCCUCCAGGCGGCCGGCGAGCAGCACGCCAGGACGGCGGCCCACUUACUGCAGGAGGGGGACGUCGCACAUUACAUGAAGCACGUUCUCGCAGGGCUGGAGCGCGAGGUGUCGCUGGCGCAGCGCUACCUGCCGGCGUCGUCCCGCGAGGCGGUCCGCGCGUGCUACGAGCGCGCCGCGGUGGCCGCGCACCUGCCCGCGCUGCACGCCGACGUGGACCGCCUGCUGGCCGAGGCUAGCGCCGACGACGACGACGCGCCCCAGCGCCGCGAGGACCUGUCCCGCAUGUACCAGCUGGUGCGGCCCCUGGGCCCGGCGGCGCUGCGGCCGCUGGUGGACGCCGCGCUGGCGCACGCGCAGGCCCACGGACACGCGCUGCUCUCCAGCGCGCUGCAGCACCACAAGGACGAGGUACACAUACACUUCGUGGAGGCCAUGCUGACGCUGCACGGCAAGUACAGCAAGCUGUUCAACGAGGUCUUCGGGGGAGCUCAGGCGUUCAUGGGCGCGCUGGACAAGGCCUGCAGCGCCGUGGUGAACAGCCGCAGCGGCGAGGAGGCGUGCCGCGCGCCGGAGCUGGUGGCGCGGUACUGCGACUGGGUGCUCCGCCGCCGCCCCGCCGCCGCGCCCCUCACCGACGUCGACGACAAGCUCACCGCCGCCAUCGUCGUCUUCAAGUACAUCGACGACAAGGACAUCUUCCAGAAGCACUACGCCCGCGCGCUGGCCCGCAGGCUCAUCCACCAGCUCUCCUACUCCAUGGAGCAGGAGGAGUCGAUGAUAAACCGUCUGAAGGCGGCGUGCGGCUACGAGUUCACCAACAAGCUGCACCGCAUGUUCACCGACGUGGCCGUGUCCGCCGACCUCAACGCCAAGUUCCAGCAGUACCUGCGGGACAACGACCUCACGCUCAACACGGGCUUCUUCAUCCAGGUGCUGCAGGCGGGCGCGUGGCCGCUGGGGGGGCCCACGGCUCCGCUGGCGCCGCCCGCCGCGCUGGAGCGGCCGGCCGGGCUGUUCGAGCAGUUCUACCGCAGCGCCUUCAGCGGGCGGCGGCUGGCCUGGCUGCACCACCUGUGCACGGGCGAGCUGCGCGUGCGCUACACCCCGCGCGUGUACCACCUCACGGCCAGCACGCCGCAGUGCGCGCUGCUGCUGUCGCUGGAGCGCCGCGACGCCACCACGCUGUCCGAGGCGCGCGCCGCCGCCGUGCUGCCCGAGGACUCCUGGGAGCGCCACGUGCGCCCGCUGCUGGACAUCGGCCUGCUGCUGCCGGGCGCCGACCCCGACGAGCUGCUGCUCAACCUGUCCUUCUCGUGCAAGCGCUCCAAGCUGCGGCUGUGCGCGUCCCCGGGCCACGGCGCCGCCGCCUCGCCCCCCGACCCGCCGCAGCACCGCGACGACGACCGCAAGAUGUACCUGCAGGCCGCCAUCGUGCGCAUCAUGAAGCAGCGCAAGGUGCUGCGCCACACGGAGCUCAUCCAGGAAGUGGUGCAGCAGGCGCGGGGCUCCUUCGCGCCCUCCGUCGCCAUCAUCAAGAAGUGCAUCGAGGCGCUCAUCGACAAGCAGUACCUGGAGCGCGCGCCGGGGGCCCUCGACACCUACUCCUACCUGGCCUGAGGGCGCCGCCGACGUUUCAUACCUAGGCGCGGCGAAAUAUUUUUGUUUUUAUUUUUAUUUAUCGGUCUCGGAGGUUUGUAAAAACUGUAGAACGUCUCGUCUGAACUCGUCCUCUCGCAGUCCCGCGGAGGGAGCCGAGACGUCGUCACGAGUCUAGUUUUGUAUCGAGUAAAUGAGUCGCCGUAAAUAUCCACCCGGUACACACACACUCACACGUACAUAUGCACGCACACACACCUACGCACUUGCACAAACACGCACACAUGCACAACCACACACACGUGCACAUGAACAAUCACA